GGGUUCAUGUUCGCAGGGGGCAACAUGGACAGCUUCCUCCUGUGGAUCCAGGAAAGGUAUCACACACACCUCAAAAAAAUUCUUCCUCUAACUAGCAUGGAUCCAAGCGCACCUGGAUGCCUAAGAUGGAAUUUCCACAGUUUGAUGGGGAAGGAAUUCGAAUUUGACUUGAUAAUUGAAGCUUAUUUCCUGUUGUAUCAAACUCCUGAAAACUUAAAAGUAAUGUCUGCAUCUCUGCACUUACAUGGAAAUGCUGCACACUGGUACCAGUCAUAUAAACUGUCUGAUUACUAUUCAUCAUGGAGUCGGUUUUCUGUGGCCAUGCUGCAGGAAUUUGACCUCGAUGUGCAUAGAGAUUGCAUGAGAGGUCUGUUGGUUUUAAAACAGACUCGAACUGUUCAGGAAUAUCCGAGUAAUUUCAAUCAGCUUGUGUACCAAGUCAAACUGUUGACUGACUCCUAGCGCUCUACGUGCAUGCCCACGUCCUGCACACGUUCUCCCUCUCUGCGCACGUCGCACCUCUCCUCUCUCUGUCUAACUGCGCCAUUGCGCACGGCUUGUAACCUGUACAUAUAUACAGAGCAAUAGCAGAUCGGCACACACGGUGCCUUACUCUCGCAUCUCUCACGCUCACAUGGUAUCAGACACCGGCUACUCUCCCCGAUCCUAGCCGCUCUUCCGCUGCUCCCCAACUCCGGCUCCGGCCAUGGCCAUCCCGCCUCCUCCGCCACCCCCUCCGCCGUUCCGUCCACCCGGAACCAACGGCGCUCCCCCCACACCUCUCCGCGCCAUGCCGCCGCUCGUCACCCCUGCGGCGCUCGCGCAGGGCACCCUCCUUGCUCGCCAUGACUCCGAGGCGAGCUCUUCCAUCUCCCCGUCCCCUCUCGCCGGCGUGUUCAUCAACCAACACGUCCCCGUCGUGCUCUCCCUCAAUCCGCCGAACUUCUCCCAGUGGCGCACCCUCUUCGAGGUGCAGUUUCAGAAGUCCGGCGUCGUCGAUCACAUCGCCGGGCCGCCUCGUCCCUCGGACCCUACCUGGCUCCAGGAUGACGCUCACGUCGUCUCGUGGCUCUACAACCGCAUCAGCCCCGAGGUCUUCGGCUUGGUUCAUCAGCGCGGCGCCAGGGCGGCCGCCGUGUGGGAGUCGAUCUGCGUGCUGUUCCUCGAGAACCGCGAACACCAGCUCGUCCUCCUCGCCAUGGAGUUCCGCCGGAUCGAGCAGGGUUCCUCCUCCAUCCUCUCCUACUUCGCCAGGCUCAAGGAGUGUGCUGAUCGUCUUGCCGACCUCGGCGAGCGCGUCACCGACCGCGACCAGGUCCUGAACAUGAUCCGCGGCCUCCACCCUCGCUACCGGUAUGCGGUUCCCAUCCUCACCAUGCAGUCUCCCUUCCCGACGCUGCUCCAGUGCCGCGCCUUCCUUCUUCUCGAAGAGAGCCGCAACGCCGAGGAGACGCAGCCCGACAUCGCCCUCCAUGCCGGGCGCGCGCCCACGCCUGCACCCGCGGGCGGAGGCGGCCCUGGCGAUCACAGCAACCGCUCCAACGGGGGCGGGCGCGGUGGUGGCCGACACAGAGGAAGGGGGAGGGGGUCCGGCUCUGGUGGUGGCCAGUCGUCCAACCACGGCGGGGGCGGUGCCCCCCCUCGCCCUGCUGCUCCAAACUCGACACCCUGGACGGGUCUGGUUCAUGCCUGGCCCAUGCCAUGGCGCCCGCACGCUCCUGGGGCUGGCAUCCUCGGCCUGCGUCCUGGCGGUCCUGCGCCCUUUGCGGGCAUGGCGGCUCACUCCUGGGCGCCACCCCCGCCUGCUGGUGCGCCUCCAACCUACUGGCAGCCCGGCGCCGUUCCUCCUCACCCGCUCUACGGCGCAACCAAUGCACCCAGUGGCAUCCAGGCGCCGGCGUGGGAUCAAGCCGCUCUCGUCCACGCCCUCAACGCCAUGAGCCUGCAGCAGGGCCAAUCCUCCAACUCCGGCGGGGAAUGGGUCCUUGACUCCGGCGCGUCCUCCCACAUGGCUGCGUCUCCGGGACCGAAGAACGAAGGCGGUGAUCCUCCGCUCUGACUCGCCGGACGACCUGUACCCACUGCACCCAACACCGCCGACCCGUCAUCACCAAGCCUUCACCGCCACCUCACGCGACGUCUGGCAUCGCCGCCUCGGCCACCUUGGCGACGACGCUCUGGACACCACCCUCCGGCGUGCGUCCAUCGUCUCGGACGCUGCUCACACCACCUGCACUGCAUGUCGUCUCGGCAAAAGCCACCGUCUACCGUUUAGUUCAUCAGACCAUGUUUCGUAUUUUCCCUUUCACCUUGUGCAUUGUGAUGUAUGGACCUCUCCUGUACUUAGUAUUUUUGGCUAUCAGUACUAUCUAGUGGUUGUCGA